GCCAUCUAAUAAUUUUGACGAAUUAAGGUAAAUAACUGCAUAACAUUGGAACUCAAAUGUAACUGACAUGAAUAUUUUUCUAACCGUCUUACCUUCAUUCUAGGAACAGUUGAGACAACUUGUUGCGGUCGGAUUUAUUUGAGAACGUACAGGAUUGACGCAUGCGCAAUUCACAUUCUCGACAUUAGCAAGUGUUUGUUUACCUUCUCCUUCCAUGACAUUUUGCUUGUGGGCUGCCUCCUCUCUCUCGCUUUUGUUUCUUUAAAAAAAAAAAAAAAAAACUCGCAACGGCAAACGCAGCCGUCUACGAUACUGACGCCACAAAGUGAAGCAUUAGACACCGUCUGUGUGGCCGGCUGCUAGCGUUCUCAGUCCAGAGUUGGGAGCAUGUUUACAUCGCAGACGUCGUCGUUCCAAGAUUCCAUUGAUGUGGAGGAGAAAGACGACUUCGACAGCGAGGAAAUUGCCGCGUACGGCCAGAAGACCCAAUUGAACUGCUAUUAUGCCAUUUAUUUGUACGAGGGCACGAGCAUCAUGCGUGCAUUGAUACACGAAGCAGGUGAUGAUGAAAGUGCAUACUGUCGUAGAUCGGAGACUACCGAGGAAAAUGUGGCUUGGAACCAGAGACGCGCAGACUCCACAACCAGUCAGGAGGACUUUAGCUUGACUCUGAUUGACAGCAGCUUGCCGAUGGAGGCGGAGCCCGAGCUUCGGACGUAUAUCUCAAGGAGGCUGAGCAAAGGAGCCCUGCUCGGAGGCAUGGGCAACAUCGCCACCGUGGAGCUCAGCCUUCCAGAGCAGGCAGUGGGCUGCUACUGCUGCCUCCUGGAGCAGGAAAGAUCUCCAGAGCAACCCGAUGCAGACGGCAACGGACACGUCAUCUGCUUCUUGGGGGGCUCCGAAAAAGGACUCAACUUGUAUAGGCUAGAGCUUGAUAAGUAUGUCCAAGGCUUGCAGAGCAGUCUGCAGACACCCGAGCUGCAAAACCUGGAAACGGAGCUUCGUCCCUAUCUGAGCCGCUGGUACGACGAAUCGGUCAUGCACAUUUACCGUGUGCUGCAGCUGGUCCAGAGUAACAUCAGCUUCCUGCUGCAUGCCGCUUUGAGUCACAAUCACGUGGAGGUCACCAACGCGGACGACAGGACGAAGGCGGACGUGUCCCGGUUCAUCAAAGCGGCCAGCUUGCAGGGCCUGUCGCAGCAAGACUCCACAGCGGCCUCCCUCUGCAAGGCCAUGUCGGAGGACGCGCAUUCCCACCUGACCGUCGACUGCGCUGACACGCCGCCCACCCUCACCAACACGGUCGGCAACCGUUUCUGUGAGGACUGGAGUCAGGCCUUUUUGAAAGCUGCGGAACGGGCCAACCCCUUCCUCCUCAGACAGAUCCUGGAGAACUUCAAACUGAAGGCCAUCCAGGACAUGAACAGCCUGAAGCGCUUCGUGCGUCAGGCCGAGAUGAGCCACUACGCUCUGUUUCGCUGCUGCCAGUUCCUGCAGGGCUGCGGGAACGGCGACGUGCUGCUGCAGAAUGCCCGGGCGGAGCACAGCGACUUGCCUGAAGCCUGCCGCAUCAUCGCCGUCCUCGAGGAGUUCCUCAGGGAGCAGUCGCAGGCCUGAUUGCCAUUCAAACACUUGAGUACUGCUCCCAUGUUGCUUCCUGACAUACUGAAUACAUUUUGGCAGCGGAGUAAAAUUUAUUUACACUAUCUACAUUACCCUUUAAUGCUCCUGUGAAUGUGAAACUUCAAAAAAGUUAAAAUUUUGUUGUAAAGUAGGAUGUGCAUAAUCUUUAAUUCUUCAGAUGUGUAUAUACUGUAUGAUAACUCUGAGAUAAUUGACAAACUUAUCCAAUUUAGGAAUUCCUUUCUUAAGAUAAGAUUUCUUUGUUUUAUUUUAUUUAUAUUGAAUUUCAUUGGGAAACCAAUUUUGCACAUUUUUUUUCAACACACUACUAAUAUACAGGGUGUCCCAAAAAUGUUAGAUCAUUCCAGAGUUUGACAAAUUCGUCUGACUCAAAUGAUCGCAAAUUCUAACAAGAUGAUUGAUGUUUUUUUUUUUUUUUUUUUUUUAAAAAGCAUUUUUUUUUCCUCUUAAUUUAAAACAGUUGCCAGGAUUUAGUGAUGGGCAAAUGAUACAGCUUUGGAGCUUGUCACUCUUCCUGAAGUGGGGUGGUUCAAAACACCAGUGUCACGUGAUCGUCGCUGUUUUGCGCUUCAUUCCUUCAAACUGUUUUGAAGCUUUUCAUUGGCUCAUAGUCUUCCAGUGUGUGUCAUUGGCUCAUGGCUUCUCAAUGCAUUUUUCACCAAUGACAGCUUGACAGAUUUGAGUGGUUUGGCGCCAUACUAGCUAUAUAAGAUGCAUCAUUAUGCUUCAAAAUGGGGUUGUGAGGAGAUUUGAAGAGUGAGAGUAAAUAAACCCUUAAGCAACAUUUAACCUUUAAUAUAAAUUGGAUUUAUUCUUUGGGUUAGUCUGGAAUGUGUUUUAAAGUAUGGGGGAGCGCAUCAGCACAUUUUAUUGUAAUGAUGAUAUAAUAAUUAUUUGGAAUGAAACACUUGAAUGACCAUAACAGACUUUUCAGAACUUUCAUUGCUGUCAAGGGAAACGGUGCAAAUGCUUCAGUCUAGCUCUUUAGAGGUUGCUAUGGCUUCAGUUGUCCACCAGAUGGUACCGUCACUGUAGUCUUGAAUUUUGAAUCUUUUUCGGCACAAUUGUUGGGAAAGCCUCAUUGCUUCAUGAGCCUUCACUUGCCCACCACUACCAGGAUUCUUAAAAAUAUUUAUUUGACAUGAUUUUAUCAAAACCCGUUAAGGUUAAAGAAUUACACCAGUCUUAUCCACUGGAACCCAAAUUUUUUGCUCGGCUGUUCUGUAUCAUGCAUAUGAGCCGCUGCUCACUCUGAUGCAGAGUAUGACUUUUAUUACCAUGACAACAGUGGGCGGAGCUUAGGUGUUAACGACUCCAUUUGCCGUAAAGCAGCCCCAAAGUCUAAAGAGAAAAGCAAGCCUCCAUAAAGAAAGCAUAAUUUGUAUUUUUGCUUGUGGAGGCAGUCCUUUAUCAUUAAAUUUUGUAUCUUUACAACAUGAAUCCUACUUAAUUUUGCUUGCUUAUAUCAGUACUCAAACAAAGCCAAUUUUUUGAGACACCCUGUUAUUUUAAAACUUGCAUGCGAUUGCUGUUAAAGGUCUUUUUGAAAACUAAGUUGUCUGUGCAUGUUACAAAUCUAUGUGCACAAAAAAAGGUGAAAACUUUCACACAUCGCACUAGUUCAAUUGUGAAAUGUGAAGCUACACUAUGACAUGUAAAUUAAGUAUGGAUGGAUGUGUAAUAAACAUCACGUGAUCCA